GUUCACUGGUUUUACAUUUAGACAGUCAAAACAUUCGCUCAGACGUAUCAUUACUGCGAAAGGAGAAGGGGUUAGUGGUGUCGUUGAGCCUUUCAGUGAGGUCGUCGUGAUGAAAGCCACCGUGGCUUUCUACGCAGCCUACCUGCUGUGUCUGGUGCUGAGCGUGGUGUGUGUGGUGCUGGUGGUCCACUGGAACGCCAGCUACCGCGGGGGCUUUGCAUGGGACCACGGAGCCAAGCAGUUCAAUUGGCACCCCGUCCUGAUGGUUUUGGGGCUGGUGGUGCUUUAUGGGAACGCGGCCGUGGUUUACCGAAUCCCGUUGACCUGGGGUCAGAACAAGCAGCCAUGGAAGCUGCUGCACGCCGGCCUGCUGCUGCUGUCGCUGCUCUUCGUCGUGGUGGGACUGUGUGCGGUGUUUGACUUCCACAACGCUAACAACACUCCAAACCUCUACUCUCUCCACAGCUGGGUGGGAAUCGCCACCACCGCCCUGUUCGCCGCACAGUGGGCUGCAGGUUUUGGAACGUUCCUCCUACCAUGGUCACCAAUGGCUUUGCGUGUCUUAGUCAAGCCCACCCACGUGUGGAUGGGGGCCAUCAUCUUUGUCCUCAGCAUAGUUUCCUGCAUCUCAGGGAUCAACGAGAAGCUGCUUUUUGUUCUAAAGAAGAACACCAAUGGGACGGUGCCUUACGCCAAGCUGCCACCGGAGGCAGUACUGGCCAAUACGCUGGGCGUAGUCAUCAUGGCCUUCGGAUUGGUCGUUCUGAAAAUCCUAGCAAAUCAGACGUGGCGGCGUCCGGAGCCCGGGAGCGAGGCGGGGGAAUACAGGUCGCUAAUGACGGACGAGAGUUGAUGUCUGGAGGUGCGUGUCGAUGUCUGGAGGUGCGUGUCGAUGUCUGGAGCUCACCGGACCGCAGUGGACGUUUACAAACGCUCCGUCCCAUCUGUUUCUUUUUUUUCUCUUUUGUUAUAGAGCUCUAGGCAGUGAGGAUGCUGGAUGCUUCGUAUUAACAGGCCAGAUGUAUCUUUUAACCAUUGUUCUGAAUCAUUUCACUCAAAAAAAAUCAGUAAAUAAAUUUGGGAAUAUGAAUAAAUACCACAGUGUUACCGUGCAUUCCAGUGCAGACUGACCUACACUCAGCAAAAACAACAAAAAAAAGGUUUUUCAGGGGUCCUUUAGUAACGGCAGUGGUUCUACAGAGGAUCACAAACACUCAAAGAACCAUGGUUCUUCGGAUGAGAUGGAUGGAGAAGGUGUUUAUAUAGAGCCUUUCUGAAAAUGGUUCUAUGUAGCAGGAACAAGCGCUGAAAAAGGCUCUAGGCUUAUAACAAUAGCCUAUUUUGGUGGAUUGUAGAAGCACAUUUCACCAUGCCGAGGACCAUGUAAGCAUGCGUGUGGGUCAGUAUGGAAGCAGUGCCUUUACUAAAGAACCAGAGCGCACAGUGAAGUGUAAGAUGUUUGUCAAUGUAAUCAAAUGUCAGAAAAAUAAAACAUUACGUUGCAUAAAUGGA